AUGUCGCUGGAGAAGAACGGCAGCGGGCGACGGAGGCCCAGGUACCGGAUCGAGACCAGGGCGCUGUCCUACGUCCUCCCGGCGCGCCGCGUCGGGGUGUCGUCAUUCCUGCUGGGCGGCAAGGGCGGAGGAGGGUCGGGGGAGCGGCUGCUGCUGCGGAGCGUCACCUGCGAGGCGCCGCCGGGGGAGGUGGUGGCGAUCGUGGGGCCGAGCGGCGCGGGCAAGACCACGCUGCUCUCCGUGCUGGCCGGGUCGGCGGACCCGUCCAGGGUGGUCUCCGGCGCCGUGCUCGUCAACGGCUGCCCCAUGGACGCCGCGCGCUUCCGCCGGGCGUCCGGACACGUGCCGCAGGACGACGCGCUCUUCCCCAUGCUCACCGUCGAGGAGUCGCUCACCUACAGCGCGCGCCUCAGGCUGCGCGCCGCGCCGAGCGCCGCCGUGGCGCGGGCGCGGGAGCUCAUGGCCGAGCUCGGGCUCAGCCACGUCGCGGGAUCGAGGGUUGCCAGCGUGUCGGGAGGGGAGAGGAGGCGGGUCUCCAUCGGCGUCGACCUCGUGCACGACCCGGCCGUGCUGCUGCUCGACGAGCCCACCUCCGGCCUCGACUCCGGCUCCGCGCUCCACAUUGUGAAGAUGCUCAGGGACAUGGCCACCGUGCACGGCAAGACCGUCGUGCUCACCAUCCACCAGCCGGGCUUCCGCAUCCUCGAGCUGCUCGACCGCGUCGUCCUCCUCGCCGACGGCGUCGUCCGGCACCACGGCUCCCUGCCCUUCCUCGACGCCCGCCUCGCCGCCUCCGGCCACUCCAUCCCCGCCCACGUCAACAUCCUCGAGUACGCCAUGGAGACCAUCGACACCCUCAAGCCGGACGUCGUCGUCGCCACCGCCAUCACGUACCAGGAGGCCGCCGGGCCGGCGCCCGCGUCGUCCUGCUCGUCCGCGCGCCGCGCCGCGUACGCCAACUCGGCGGCGGCCGAGGUGUGCAUCCUCUCGGGGCGGUUCGUCAAGACGGUGCUGCGGACGCCGCAGCUCUUCGCGGCGCGGAUGGUGCAGUCGGCGGUGGUCGGCGUGUUCCUCGGCACCAUCUUCCUGGGCACCACCGACCUGCAGUCCCGCCUGGGCUUCUUCGCAUUCAACCUCACCUUCGUGCUCUCCUCCACCACCGAGGGCCUCCCGGUGUUCCUCCAGGAGCGCCGCAUCCUGGAGCGGGAGACCUCCCGGGGCGCCUACCGCGUCUCCUCCUACGUCGCCUCCAACGCCGCCGUCUUCCUCCCGUUCCUCCUCGCCGCCGCGAUCCUCUACGCGACGCCCGUGUACUGGCUCGUCGGCCUCGCGCGCGAGCCCGCCAGCUUCGCCUACUUCGCCCUCGUCAUCUGGCUCGUCAUGCUCACCGCCAACUCCUUCACCGCCUGCCUCAGCGCGCUGGCGCCCAACUACAUCGUCGGCAACUCCCUCAUCGCCGGCUUCAUCGGCUGCUUCUUCCUCUUCUCCGGCUACUUCGUCGCCAGCAAGGACAUCCCGCAGUACUGGGUGUUCAUGCAUUACAUCAGCCUCUUCAAGUACCCCUUCGAGGCGCUCGUCGUCAACGAGUACGGCGGCGCCCGCGGCGGCCAGAAGUGCCUCGCCGAGGCCCCCGGCGGCGGCAUCUGCGUCCUGGAUGGCACGAUGCUGCUGCGGCAGCAGGGGAUGCGGGAGAGCAUGAGGUGGAGCAACCUCGGAGUCAUGCUCGGCUUCGUCGUCGGCUACAGGGUGCUCUGCUUCGUCUUCCUCUGGUACAGGUGCCACCGCAUGAGGAGGUGA